CACUAUGUUUACAGACACUAAUGAAUCACUGCUUCUCAAUUGUACCCAGACUGGUUCUGAUGAUGCCCUGAAAACAGCUACAGUAGAUGUGAAUGCUUCUCCACCAUGUCCUUGCUUUGAUGACAUAAUGUUGCCUUGUUUCCUGGAGAAAUUUCUUCCUGAGGAACCUGAAAACGCUCAACCAUCAAAUAAGAUCAACCCACUGAUGGCUAGAGAAAGUGCCUCAGUUCCUGGUCUAGUGGAUCUGAAUAAGGCUGUUGACGUAGCUGAAGGGAAGAUCCCAGAAGAGACGAUUCCUCCGGCACCUGCAGUUCCAGCGGCUCAGAUCCCUCAAGCUAAACCUCAGCGAAAACUUCCAAAUAUUCCAGCUUCUCGCGGAAUCCACCGGCGUCCUGGAAAGAUUGUGAUAUUUGAGCACCAUCAGUUCAGCGGUCAGUCCUUUGAGUUCUACAGGGAUCAACCUGAUUCCACACACAUCAAACUGUCCAGUGUCAUAUCUGUUAAAGUGGUCAGAGGAUGCUGGAUAUUAUAUGAGAAAACGGGAUUUGAGGGACGAUGCAUCCCUCUGGAAGAGGAAGGAGUUAUAGAACUGCCCAAUCAAUGGACAGAAGAGGGUGAAGAAACAUCUGCCCCUGUGGUCAUUGGCUCAAUUCGACUGGCUGUCAUAGACUACACUCCUCCCCGGAUAGAGCUGUUCACCGAGCCCGCUGGAAUGGGCAGAAGCUCUGAGUUUGUGGAUGAAACUGUGGAAGUGGGCAGUUUUAACCGUCCUCAGAGCACCGGCUCCAUCAAAGUCCACAGUGGCCUGUGGAUGGUUUACAGUGAUCCAGGUUUCCAGGGUCUGCUGGCGGUUCUGGAGGCCGGAGAGUAUCCGUUCCCGGAGGCCUGGGGUUUCCCGUCGCCCGUGGUCGGCUCUCUGAGACCUUUGAGAAUGGUACGAAUCACACCGUAGUGUUAUUCACCCGUCUGCAGUC